AGUGGAGCUUUAGGAAUCAUUUAGAACUCACAACAUAUAUGAACUAACAAAAAUGGAAGUGAUGAAUACGAAGAAAGAAAACUCCUCUAGAAGGAUGAAGGGUGGAAUGAUCACUAUGCCCUUCAUAUUUGCAAAUGAGGUAUGUGAGAAAUUGGCAGUAGUGGGAUUUGGUACAAACAUGGUCAUUUACUUGACAAGUGAGCUCCACCUUCCAUUGACAAAAGCAGCAAAUACACUUACAAAUUUUGGUGGCACUGCAAGUUUGACACCAUUGCUUGGAGCUUUCAUUGCUGAUACUUUUGCUGGAAGAUUUUGGACUAUAACAGUUGCUUCUAUCAUCUACCAAAUUGGCAUGAUCAUUUUAACAUUAUCAGCAAUACUUCCACAACUAAGGCCACCAUCAUGCACAGGUGAUGAAUAUUGCAAAGAAGCAAAUUCAAGCCAAUUAGCCAUCUUAUAUGUGUCAUUACUCCUAACAGCCUUUGGGUCAGGGGGAAUUAGGCCAUGUGUUGUUGCAUUUGGGGCAGACCAAUUUGAUGAAAAUGAUGAAAAACAAAAAACACAAACAUGGAAAUUCUUCAAUUGGUACUAUUUUUGUAUGGGAUUUUCAAUGCUUGUGGCUGUCACAGUUAUUGUUUACAUUCAAGAUAAUAUAGGAUGGGGUAUUGGAUUUGGUGUCCCAACAAUUGCUAUGCUUAUAUCAAUUGUUGUUUUCAUAUUUGGAUACCCUUUGUAUAGAAAUUUGGAUCCUGCUGGUAGCCCUUUCACUAGGCUAUUGCAAGUUUGUGUUGCUGCCUACAAGAAGAGAAAAUUGGACAUGGUAAAUGACACUAGUUUACUUUAUCAAAAUGAAGAACUUGAUGCUGAUAUUUCUACUGCUGGCAAGCUUCUCCACACCAAGCAAAUGAAAUUCUUGGACAGAGCAGCAAUAGUAUCAGAGGAAGACAAUCCGAAAUCUCCCAAUCUAUGGAGGCUAAACACGGUCCAUCGCGUAGAAGAACUAAAAUCGAUCAUAAGAAUGGGUCCAAUAUGGGCAUCUGGGAUCAUCCUGAUCACAGCAUACGCACAACAACACACGUUCUCAGUCCAACAGGCCAAAACAAUGGACAGACACCUAAUUCAGUCCUUCGAAAUCCCAGCUGCAUCGAUGACUGUCUUCACUAUAACAACAAUGUUAUGCACUAUUGCCUUCUAUGACCGCGUUUUUGUCCCUAUAACACGUAAAUUCACUGGACUUGAACGUGGCAUAUCGUUCCUAACUAGAAUGGGAAUCGGAUUCUUCAUUUCUGUCCUUGCUACUUUAGUAGCCGGUUUUGUUGAAGUUAAACGAAAAGAAGCAGCAUCGAGUCAUGGACUAGUCGAUAAACCAAAAUCGAUUAUCCCAAUUUCAGUAUUUUGGCUUGUGCCACAAUAUUGUCUACAUGGUAUUGCUGAGGCAUUUAUGUCAAUUGGACAUCUUGAAUUUUUCUAUGAUCAAUCACCAGAGAGUAUGAAAAGUACAGCUGCAGCAUUAUUUUGGACAGCAAUUUCAGCAGGGAAUUAUUUGAGUACACUUUUGGUUUCAUUAGUGCAUAAAUUUACUUCAGGACCAGGAGGAACAAAUUGGCUACCUGAUAAUAACUUAAACAAAGGGAAAUUAGAGUAUUUUUAUUGGUUAAUCACUUUAUUACAAGUGGUUAAUUUGAUUUACUAUUUGUUUUGUGCAAGAUUUUAUACUUUCAAGCCUAUUCAAAUGCACAAGACAGAGGAUUUGGAGACUAAGAAAGAUGGGAUUGAACUUGUAAACAAUGUUUAAGUUUGUAGAAGAAUUUUGUAACUUUGAUCUAAGUUUCUACACUAUUGUAUAUAGUAUUAUGUAAUAAUUUUUAGUUUAAUAGGAAAGAAAAGAAUGGUAUGAAAUAGUUGUAGUAGGCUAUGUUGUUUUUACUCCUUGAAAA